AUGUCCAUCCAGCGCCGCACGCCGCCCGCGCACUGGGGCAGCGACCCGACCUACCACGCGUACGCCAAGGUGCUCGUCGCUCAGGCGCUCACGAUCGCGCUGGCCAACGAGCCGGUGCCGCGCGAGGGCGGCGGCGGCGGCUGCGGUCAGCACGUCUGGUGGCUCGGUGCGCGCGCCGUGCACCUCUUCUCGGUCUGCGGCGUCGUCGUCGAGAGCUACCGGCGCGACAGCAGCAGUCACUUCAUGAUCGACGACUCGACCGGGUUGCUGCCGUGCAUCUGGUGGGACGGCGCAGCCACAGAGGCCGGGCCGUCGAGGCAGCCGCGGGCGGCGCCUCCGCUCGGCGCAUGCCUGCACGUGCACGGGAGCCUGUCUUACUUUCGCGAGUCGCGGCAGCUGCGCGUCGACUGCGCGUGGCCCGAGCCCGACCCGCUCGGCGAGCCUCUCCACUGGGCAGAGGCGCAGAGGAUGUGGGAGGCGACAUACCACCGAGCCUUCCGAUACCCGGGCGCGGCGGUGGCGCCGCAAAGCGCGCCGGCUGGGCUGGCCGAGGGAGCGGUCGAGCCGGCAGCGGGCGCCGUGUCGGGCGAGGCGGCUGCGCUCGCGCGCGAGGAGGGUCGCGCGGGCGCAGUGGGCGUCUCGCUCGCGGAGCUGCGGAAGUCGGUGCGCGCGGGCGGCUGGCAGGCUCGAUUGGCCGACCUCGAGCCGAGUGUCGAGCGGCUGGUGGAGGGGAGCCUCCUCUACGUGGCGCAUGACGGCGGUCCGGCCGGCAGAGACCGUCUGUAUCGGCCUGUCGGCCCGUGA